AUGAUCGAUUCUGAAAUUAAACAACACAGCUUACCCUCAAAAUUCUAUAUAUGGGUUCUCCGAAAAUUUGGAACUGACGCACAAAUUACAAAACUUUGUUUUGAAGAAAUAUUAAAAGCACGUGUUAGCUUAGAUCGACAACUGCAGCAAGGGACCAAUGUUGACAUACCAACCGGAAUAAAUCACCACAUGUUUCAAGCAAUUUGUAACAUUUUUAAGUUCUAUUGCAAUGCUGAAAAUUUUUAUCUACCAUCACAUUUAGAUAUGUUAUCUCAAUGCACUAGCGCUGAAAUUUUGGCGCCAUUAUUUAAGCAUUAUUUACCCAAUCUAUUUAAUAUGGAAAUAACAUUCGAAUUACCUAUGCAAAUCAGUGAUGAUAUUGAUAACUUUGAUGAUUAUAAUAUACACCCGAAAGCAGCAACUAAAAGAAAAAGAAAGAAACGCAUGCUAAAAGAAUGGAAUCAAUCACUAUACCAAAUUUCUGAAAAACAUAGUGGCGAAUUAACAAGCACGUUUCGUAGUUAUCUUCAUGAAUUAAUUUACGAAAAAUUACCAAACUCUAAAUCUGCUAAUAAAAAAAGCAGAAUGGGACAUUAA